AUGGCAACUGAAACAGCUUCACUUCUUCCCUCCCAAGCUUUUCCAAGUCCAGCACCAACCAAGAUAACAAGCAUCAAAACAUUAGCUGAAUCACCUGGCCUCACCUCCAUCCCUGCCACUCACACCUUCGCUCCUCAGCAUCUCCUUGACCAAGUUAUUUCUGACCAAGAAGCCUCAAUUCCUGUCAUAGAUUACUCUCUUCUUAUUUCAGGCACCUCUGAUCAACGAUCUAAAAUAAUUCAUGAACUUGGUAGAGCCUGCCAGGACUGGGGCUUCUUCAUGGUGAUCAAUCAUGGAGUGCCAGAGAGCCUACUCAGCUCGAUAAUUGAUGGGUGUAAAGGAUUUUUCGAUCUGCCAGAAGAGGAGAAGCAAGAGUUUAAAGGGAACCAUGUGCUGGACCCAAUAAGGAGUGGCACCAGCUUUAAUGCUUCAGUGGACAAAAUUUUCUGUUGGAGGGAUUUUCUCAAGGUCUUUGUACAUCCUGUGUUUCACUCACCUACCAAACCAGCUGGUCUCAGUGAGAUUUCAUUAGAGUACUCGAAAAGAGUUAGAGAAGUAGCAAGGGAGUUACUGAAAGGAAUAUCAGAAAGCUUGGGAUUGGAAUGCAACUAUAUAGACAAGGCACUGAAUUUGGAACAGGGGAAACAAAUACUUAUAGCAAACUUAUAUCCACCUUGUCCACAGCCAGAACUUGCAAUGGGCAUACCUCCUCAUUCAGACCAUGGUCUGUUGACACUUCUAACCCAAAAUGGAAUUGGUGGCCUUCAGAUUCAACGCAAUGAAAAGUGGGUCAAUGUUGGUACUCUCCCCAACUGCUUCCUGGUUAACACUGGAGAUCACCUUGAGAUUUUGAGUAAUGGAAGGUACAAGAGUGUUUUGCACCGAGCAAUGGUGAACAACAAGGCUACAAGGAUAUCCAUAGCUAUGGCACAUGGACCAUCACUAGACUCAGUCGUUAGCCCAGCACCUGAGUUAUUGGUGAGCAGUGAGGGCAAUGCUGCAGCAGCAUUCGUUGGCAUGAAAUAUAAGGACUAUCUGGAGCUUCAGCAAAGCAACAAGCUGGAUGGGAAAUCUUGCUUGGAUCGAGUUCGAAUUUCAGCAGUUUAG